AUGGCGGAUCGCAAGAAGAGGGACAGAUAUGCGGGCGCCGCGUACGAGUUCGGAGCCAAUGCUGGAUUGAAUGCUGGUGGAGCAGCUCCUCCCCCUCAGCCAGCUAUCCCUGGAUACGGAGCGACUGCGCCUGGAUAUGGCGCCCCAGCUCCCGGUUACGGCGCCGCACCGGUACAAGGAUACGGACAGCCAGUACCGGGAUAUCAAGCAGCUCCCUCCUAUGGCCAGCCUGCUGCCCAGGACCCCAAUGCGCUCAGCCAGCAGUUUGGCCAGAUGGGCUUGGGCCCUCAGCAAGGCCAGGCAGUGCCGCAACAGCAACAGCAGCAGCAGCAGCAAGCUACAGCAGCUUCACAGAACCAGCUGUUUCCCUCGGACCUGAUCGCUCAGCCCUUCCACGUCUCCGAGCUCUACAACCCCCCGCCGCCAAUCAACCUUCCUGCUAACGCCGCUGCCACGCCCUCCGAAUUCGCAAACGAGUCGAGCAAGUACCUGCGCUGUACACUGAACACCAUUCCCACAAACCACUCUCUGCUGAAGAAGAGUAAGCUGCCAUUUGCGCUGGUCAUCAGCCCUUAUGCCAGCUUGCAUGAUUCGGAAGACCCUGUGCCCGUUGUUCACGACCAGGUCAUCAGUCGUUGCCGACGAUGCCGAGCAUACAUCAACCCAUUUGUUUCCUUCCUCGACCAUGGCCACAGGUGGAGGUGCAACAUGUGCAACCUGACAAACGACGUUCCUCAAGCCUUUGAUUGGGACGCAGCGCAGCAAAAGAGCGUGGAUCGAUGGCAGAGACCUGAGCUGAACUACGCCGUUACCGAGUUCGUUGCACCCCAGGAAUACAUGGUCCGGCCUCCCCAGCCGCUGUGCUACUACAUCCUCUUGGACUGCACACAAGCAUCAGUCAACAGCGGCCUGCUUGCAGUCGUUUCACGGGUCAUCAAAGAGGCGCUCGAAAGGAUACCUAACGCGGACGGCAGGACACGUAUUGGUUUCAUGGCUGUGGACUCAAGCCUGCACUUCUUCUCUAUUCCUCCAGAUGGCAGCGAGAACAACGAUACCCACCAGCUUGUUGUUUCCGACCUGGAUGAGCCAUACCUACCAAUGCCUACAGACUUGCUUGUCAGUCUGAGCCAGUGCCGCAACAACAUUGAGAACUUUCUUGACCGCCUGCCUGCAAUGUUCCAGAACACACACAUUCCUGGAUUUGCCCUCGGCUCUGCUCUUCGAUCUGCCCACAAGCUGAUCUCGCCUCUUGGAGGAAAGAUCACAGUCAUUGGCGCUUCGCUCCCUAACGUUGGGCAUGCUGCAUUGACACCUAGAGAAGACAAGUCUCUACUCGGCACUGGAAAGGAGGCUAGUCUGUUGCAACCAGCAAACAACUGGUACAAGUCGUUUGCUGUGGAGUGCUCUAAGAAUCAGGUCUCAGUCGACAUGUUCCUGUUCUCCUCUCAAUACCAGGACGUGGCAACGCUCAGCAACCUGCCCCGAUUUACGGCUGGCCAGACAUACUUCUAUCCCGGAUGGAAUGCUGCCAGGCAGGAAGACGUCAUGAAGAUUGCCAAGGAGUUGGCUGAUUACUUGUCUGCAGAGAUCGGCCUCGAGGCUGUUCUACGAGUGCGUGCCACAACCGGUCUUAGGAUGUCUGCAUUCUACGGAAACUUCUUCAACCGCUCUUCGGAUCUGUGCGCUUUCCCGGCCUACCCUAGGGACCAGGCUGUCGUGAUCGAAGUCGCGAUUGACGAGACAAUCAGCAAGCCAUUUGCCUGUCUCCAAGCUGCUGUGCUUCACACAACCUCGAGCGGCCAGCGCCGUAUCAGGGUUUUGACACUGGCCGUACCUACUACGGAGAACCUUGCGAACGUAUAUGCUUCGGCCGACGCGCAGGCCAUCACUACCUACUUCACCCACAAGGCUGCUGAGCGUGCUCUGUCGAGUGGAUUGGACGCUGCUCGCGAUGCGCUGCAAGGCAAGAUCAUUGAGAUCUUGCAGACCUACAGGAAAGAGCUGGCAGGUGGCAGCAUGGGAGGAGGUGGUCUCCAGUUACCCCAGAACCUGCGCGCUCUGCCGAUUUUGUUCUUGGGUCUUAUCAAGAACGUCGGUCUGCGAAAGAGUGCACAGAUUCCCUCCGAUCUUCGAUCAGCUGCCCUCGACCUUCUCUCGACACUGCCAUUGCGUCUGCUCGUUCAGUACAUCUACCCAGCUUUCUACAGUCUUCAUGACAUGCCCGACGAUGCUGGUAUCCCUGAUCCUACUACUGGCCAUAUCACAAUGCCUCCGCUGAUGAACCUCACAUCGCAGUCAAUUGUUCCCUAUGGUCUAUACCUGCUCGACGAUGGUGUCAACCAGUUCUUGUGGGUUGGCCGGGACACUGUGCCAGCUCUGCUUGGCGAUGUCUUUGGUGUUGAGGACCGCACACAACUCAAGCAGGGAAAGGCCUCUCUGCCAGCCAUUGACAACGAUUUCUCCGAGCGUGUACGAGCCGUCGUUGAGAAGUCCGGAGACCACAAGAGCAAGGGCGUCGGAAGCAUUGUUCAGCCCAGCCUGUACAUCAUCAAGGAGGACGGCGAGCCAAGCUUGAAGCUCUGGGCCCAGACAUUACUCGUGGAAGACCGCGCAGACCAGGGUGAGAGCAUUGUCCAGUGGAUAAGCAAGCUGCGUGAAAAGGUACGUUUAGCUCGGAUGAAGAACUUCGCAACCAUGACUGACUCAUCUUUGGCAGGUUGUUCAGUAAGCAUCUAUGAAGCGUUGCGUCAAAAUGUAACCUCUGAUGAUCUGAGGCGGUGUAGGCGACUUGGGAGUCGCAAUCGACGUUGGCGGCGGGUCAAGUGUCAUGAACAUAGGUCUAUAGCAUCAGCAACCAACAUGCUCGCAAUAGACACGUUUGAAAUCAACAUGGCAGAAAAUCAAGCUACUAACCUCGUCAGCAACACAGACACCGCAUCGCACAUCGGGUAUCCCAACUAA